AUGGUGCCCGCGCCCGUCGUCGGCGGCCUGCACCCAGCAGUAGUUCCCGCGCCUGUCGUGUCUGGCGUGCCCCAGCGCGUUGUCGACAACGACAGCUUCCUGCGCGUGCGCGACUCGGCCGUUGGCAGACUCACCACCAUUCUGGAGCUUCUGAGGUCCUUCACCAAUGACUACAUUCGCCAGACUAACCUUCUGCUCGGCGAGGGCACUGCUGAGGGCCCCCAGGGCGACCUCCUCAACACCUUUGAGAAUGCCGCUGCCCAGCUCAUGAUGCCUGGCAUCCCAGACAUGACCCCCCUCGUUGAGGAGAAGAAGGAGCGCAAGAAGCGCACUCACGACCCCAACGCCCCCAAGCGUCCCCUGACCCCCUACUUCCUCUACAUGCAGCAUGCCCGCUCCAUCAUUGCCAACGACCUUGGCGCUGAUGCUCCCAAGGGCGCUGUUCAGGAGGAGGGCCAGCGACGAUGGGCUCACAUGACCCCUCAGGAGAAGCAGGGCUGGAACAACGCCUACCAGUACAACCUGCGCCUCUACAAUGCCCGUGUUCACUCCUACAAGAACGGCAACCCCCUGGCCAAGAACAUGAGCGAUGAGGAGGCGCUUAAGUACGCCGAGGACUUCCACAUCCCCAUGCCAGAGCUCAAGGAGGCCGCUGCCCAGGCCGACGUCCCCGUCAAUGACCAGGAUGCCAUUGCCGAGCAGCUGCAGCAGGUUGCCGCCGCCCCCUCGGAGAAUGAGGAGGAGGCUCCGGCCAAGACCCCCAAGAAGCCCGCUUCCACCCGCAAGCGCAAGACUGCCACCCCUGCCGCUGAGGUAGAGACGCCAAAGGUCGCUGCGCCCGCCAGCCCGGAUAAGAAGCGGAGGAGGACGUCGACCAAGGCCGCCGAGCCUGAGAAGGAGGAGCCCAAGAAGUCGGGACGCAAGAAGACUAAGAGCACUUGA